AUGAGUUCGCAGCCGGCGGGCGAAGAGCUGCCGUACAUCGGCAGCAAAAUUUCUUUAAUUUCAAGUUCAGACAUUCGCUACGAAGGCAUUCUGGACUCGAUUGACCCCGUCGCCUCGACAGUUUCGCUGCGCUAUGUGCAGUCCUUCGGAACAGAGUCUCGCCCGGUGGCUCUCCAUAUUCCUCCCUCAGCAGAAAUCUUCAACUGCAUCGUGUUUCGCGGCAAACACAUUAAAGACCUGACAGUAUGCAGCGAGCCCGAGCCGCCGGCCCCGCCAGUGGCGGCUUACCCCCACGACCCAGCCAUUCUCAGCAUGGAGAUGGCGGGGCCCCUGGGGGCCCCCCAGCGGCCUGGGGGCAGCUCGCUGCUGCGGCCAGGCCUGGGUUCGCCCCCAAGCCACGUGGGGGGGGCCCCCAGCGGGGGGCCCCCCGCCGUGUACGGGGGCCUCGGGGGGGCCCCCAACGAAAUGGCUGAGGCUUGCUGCGCCCCUGCUGCUGCGCUGCAGGCCCGGGGGGUUUGUGGGGCCCCCGGGCAGCCGCAGGCGCAUGCAGCGGAGGGUUUGGCGCCGGUGGCUGCUGCUGCGCAGCAAGACAAGCAGCAGCAGCAGCAGCAGCAGCAGCAGCAGCAGCAGCAGCAGCAGCAGCAGGCGCCGCCGAGCACCCGCGGUCGCGGCGGCGCAGGCGGCGCCAGGGGGGGCCCCCGCCAGGGGCCCCGGGGCAGGGGCCCCCGCCCAGAGGCCCGCGGGGAGGGGCCCCCGGGGCCCCAGGGGCCCCGGGGCCCCCGAGAUGCUGCAGGAAGAGGGUACAGCGAGGGGCCCCGGGGGGUUGUGGGGGAGCUGCAGGGGAGGCCCAAUGCGCAGCUGCGAAGUGAAGUUGCAGAAGAAUUCGAUUUCGAUGCAAUGAACAGCAAGUUUGAGAAGCCAGGUGGGCCCCUGCGGUGUACGUACACCUCAGCUGCGCCUGCGCGGACUGCGGUGUACGAACACCCCGGCUGCGCGGGGUGUACGUACACCUCGCGGCGCGCGCAGGCGGUUCCUUUUGCGGCGUUUUGCGUUCAUUUUUUGCGUUUUUGCGUUUGUUUUGUUCCUUUUUUUGCGAAUUGUUCAUUUCUGUUGUUUUUGUUUUUAUUUUCCUCCGUUUUGCGUUUAUUUCCGCCGCUUUUGCGUUUAUUUUGGCGCUUUUUCCCUCGUUUUGGCCUUUUGCUGCUGCGCAGCGAACUUGGAAGAAGCCAGCGAGCUGCUGCCCAGCGGCGCCGCCUACGACAAAAACGUUUCUUUUUUCGAUUCGAUUUCUUGCGAGGCUUUGGAGAAGCGCAGCGCAGCAGCGCGGCAGCAGCAGCAGCAGCAGCAGCAGCAGCAGCAGCAGCAAAACGCGGGAAACGGCCAAGACGAAAGAAGCAGGAGAACUGCCCUUAG